AUGAACUACGACCCUGUGAAGUUUGUGGAGCUCACGGAGCACAUGGCAAUCAUUUUGGAGCAACUAGUUGCAGAGCAUGUGCUGCUUUUUUUCGAAGAGCUGCGAAUUCCAAAUGGAGCUUUCAAAAAUGUCAAACACAAAAUUGCUCGGAUCUUCUAUUUUACAGCCAUGUCGUCUGAAAAGGUGCUUCGAUGUGGGAAUGAGCACUUCCAAUUUCCAAUACAACCGAGACGGACUCAAUUCGCUGAAAUUAUGUUCAAAAAUACCUCAAACCCUGGAAAAAUUCGUCGGGAGGCCUGAAGUUGUUUUAUUCUGGGAUUCGCAAAAACCAAUUUGCACCAGAUAUAUAGAUGUCAGCCACUUGAUAAAAAAGGCUUUAAAUAUUUUCAGGCUCCCUUCUGAAACUGUAUAUAAAUUUGAAAGUAGUCUGCAUAGACUAACAUUUGGUCUGACAAAGUCUAGAACGGAGGAUUACAAGACGGUAUCUGAUGUUUCGUGAAAGUUUGUAGUAGAUACGUGGCGCCAUUAUUUUCUGAGAGUGGCAAAGUGGUUGACGCAUUUUGGAGAAUUUCAAAAGCAAGACGAAGAUGUUAAGCUAAAAAUUCUGGAGUGUAUCUGGCACAUUUGGGCGACGUUAGAUCGGCACUCGGCAACCGCUGUCUACCGGAAAAGUUAUCCAAACGCUGCACCAACUCAAAUUGUCUCUCGGCGAGGAGUAUUGAUGGACUUGGCAAAGACGAAUUUCGAUUCCACGUGGAUUAGUGAUUACCCCGCUGUGAAUAUUGUAUAUUUCCUACGUCAAAGUUCUCGGGACAAUUUCGACAUUAUUGGGUACCUACAAGAUCUUCAACCAACCGAUAUGGAAAUGACUUUUAUGUUGGCCCAGCUUUCAUUUGAAUACGCAGGAAAGCGUUGUCAGGGGGAUAUCCUCAAAAUAACUGAAAAAUUCCAACAAAUUUUGGCUAACGAUCUUCAUGAUUAUUAUGUUGAUGUACUAAACAUGCCAAAAUAUUUCGAUCGACUUGCGAAAUUGAUGAAAAUCAAUAAUUCGAUACAGAAGAACUUAUGGGAGCACAGGCCAAAGAUGGAAGUGGCCAAGGUGUUUAAAAUUAUGAAGAUCGAAUUUUCCCACCCGGAAAUGUUUAGGGAUUCUGGAUUUAAUUGA